GCCGCCGUUCUUUUUGGAGAGUCUCCCGCGAAGAUGACGAUUAUUGGUGUUGCGCUACGCACUCGCGGCGCCAGUUCGCGACUGUCAACCAUCUUGGCCAGCAGCAGCACUGUCCGGUGUCCCCUCACAUCUCCAAGUUGCCGAUUCUUUUCCAAGUCAUCCUCAAAAGCCAUGCGUUUCGUCCAGUAUCGUACCGGAGCAACCGGUGCUCGUCAGCUGCUCGGUGUACUAUCGGACGAUGGCACGAAGGUGUCUGAUAUUUCGGACCGAUACGGGGGCGAUUUGAUAACGCUGAUACGCGCGGAACCCUCACUGGAUGAGGUGAAGGCGGCCGCAUCGAAGGUGACCCCGGUCGCUAUCGGAGAUGUGGAGCUGGUGGCCCCGGUUACGAACCCGCAGAAGAUUCUGUGCGUGGGACUGAACUACAGUGGCCACUGCGAGGAACAGAACAAACCGAUCCCAAAGGAGCCGAUGUUCUUCAGCAAGUACGCGACCACGAUCGUCGGUCCGUACGAUGAUGUGAUCGCUCAUCGGAUCAGUGAUCAAAUCGACUGGGAGGUGGAAUUGGCCGUCAUUAUUGGCAAGAAGGCCAAGAGCGUUAGCAAGGCGAAUGCGAUGGAUCACGUGUUCGGAUACACGGUCGCGCAGGACAUUUCGGCUCGCGACUGGCAGAAGCAACGCAACGGAGGCCAGUUCCUGAUCGGUAAAUCCAUGGACACGUUCUGUCCGCUGGGACCGUCCGUAGUGCACAAGUCACUCGUUGCGGACCCUCAUGGGCUGUCGAUCAAGUGUAGCGUGAAUGGAGUGGAAAAGCAAAACGGAAGCACCGGCGAGCUGAUCUUCCGCAUCGAUGAUAUCAUUCAGCGUGUCACGGAAUCCAUCACACUUCUGCCAGGAGAUGUUAUUCUGACCGGAACUCCGGCUGGUGUAGGUAUGCAUCGCAAACCAGCCGAAUUCCUGAAGCCAGGCGAUGUGAUCGAUAGCGAGAUUGAGAAGAUCGGUAAGAUCAAGAACAAGGUUGUAGCUGAUGCUUAAGAUCAUCUCGUUACUGCCAUAGGGAUUGAUCGGGUUACGGGUUUUAGAACGAAUAAACCUAUUUCAUUUCGAACGUGCAAUGUAGAACCGAGCAAGCAA